CUUAACUUUCCUAGUCAUCAAACCAUUUGUCUCUUCUUCCUAAAGCAAGACACCAUACCAUUAUAAUUUAUAACCAUCUUUUUUUCCUUUUCCCUUUUUCAUCUCCAUUAUCUCCAUAUAUUCAUCAUAGAUCGGAUCAUACCACCAAGUGAUUAACAGUGAAGGGUUGCCGAGACAAAUACAAAGGGUGACGAAAGAUGUCCGAUUGGGGGCCGAUUUUCGUGGCGGUGGUGCUGUUCAUACUGCUAACACCGGGGCUGUUGAUUCAGGUUCCAGGAAAAUCACGGGUGAUUGAGUUUGGCAACUUCCAAACCAGUGGAGUAUCCAUCUUGGUGCAUUCCGUAAUUUACUUUGCACUCCUUUGCAUCUUGCUCUUAGCUAUUGGUAUCCACGUGUAUGUUGGUUAAUAUCUGACCAAAAUUCAAGCCUUCAUCUUGCACUCUAAAUUUC